AUGGCGUCCAUCUUACUGCGGAGCUGCCGCAGCCGGCGGCCCGCCCGCCUCCCGGCGCCCCGUGCCGCCGCCCCGGGGGGUAGUCUGGGGGAUCACGCCUGUCUCAGCUGUGCCAACGCUGUGGGGUUGAUAAGCCGUGGGUAUUUUCCGUUGAGCAGCUGCUCUCCCGCGCACCCCCUGCACCUUCCCUUCGGAGGCGAUCGCCUGGGCUGCUGGACUCUGAGGCCCCACGCCGCGUGCGCGGCGGCCCCGGUGCCGCGGGCCCCGGCCGGCCUGCUGGGCGCCGGGCCGCGGGGCCUGCUGGCGCGCUGCUGGCACUCAUCGCCGCCGCUGCGCGACGACUCCCUGGUGGAGAAGUCCCUCAAGUCCCUGAAGGACAAGAACAAGAAGCUGGAGGAGGGGGGGCCGGUGUACAGCCCCCCGGCGGAGGUGGCGGUGAAGAAGUCCCUGGGGCAGCGCGUGGCGGACGAGCUGAAGCACUACUACCACGGCUUCCGCCUGCUCUGGAUCGACACCAAGAUCGCGGCGCGCAUGCUCUGGCGCAUCCUCAACGGCCACACGCUGACCCGCCGCGAGCGCAGGCAGUUUCUCCGGAUCUGCGCCGACCUCUUCCGCCUGGUGCCCUUCCUGGUCUUCAUCGUGGUGCCCUUCAUGGAGUUCCUGCUGCCCGUGGUCGUGAAGCUCUUCCCCAACAUGCUGCCGUCCACCUUCGAGACCCAGUCCAUCAAGGAGGAAAGGCUGAAGAAGGAGCUGCGGGUCAAGCUGGAGCUGGCCAAGUUUCUGCAGGACACCAUCGAGGAGAUGGCCCUGAAGAACAAGGCCGCCAAGGGGAACGCCACCAAAGACUUCUCCGUGUUCUUCCAGAAGAUCCGAGAGACCGGGGAGAGGCCCAGCAACGAGGAAAUCAUCCGGUUCUCCAAACUGUUCGAGGACGAGCUGACCCUGGACAACCUCACGCGGCCGCAGCUCGUGGCGCUGUGCCGGCUGCUGGAGCUGCAGUCCAUGGGCACCAACAGCUUCCUGCGCUUCCAGCUCACCAUGCGGCUCCGCUCCAUCAGGGCCGACGACAAGCUGAUUGCUGAGGAGGGGGUGGACAGCCUCAACGUCAAGGAGCUGCAGGCGGCGUGUCGGGCACGGGGCAUGCGGGCCCUGGGCGUCACAGAAGACCGGCUGCGGAGCCAGCUGAAGCAGUGGCUGGAGCUGCACCUGCACCAGGAGGUCCCCACAUCGCUGCUCGUCCUGUCCCGGGCCAUGUACCUCCCAGACACCCUGUCGCCCGCCGACCAGCUCAAGUCCACGCUGCAGACCCUCCCGGAGACUGUGGCGAAGGAAGCACAGGUGAAGGUGGCAGAGGUGGAGGGCGAGCAGGUGGACAACAAGGCGAAGCUGGAGGCCACGCUGCAGGAGGAAGCCGCCAUCCAGCAGGAGCAGCGGGAGAAGGAGCUGCAGAGGCUCUCGGCCGCGAGGGAAGUGCUGCCCGAAAUGGCGGAAGCCGCCCCUGGGGGGCCCGCAGCUGAGCUUCGGACAGAAGUGGCUGGUGUGACCCUGCCGUCAGAGACCCUGAAGGACACCGCCCCCGUCCUGGAAGGCCUGAAGGAAGAGGAGAUAACCAAGGAGGAGAUCGACGUCCUCAGCGAUGCCUGCUCCAAACUGAAGGAGCAGAAGUCGUCCCUGACGAAGGAGAAGGAGGAGCUGGAGCUGCUGAAGGGGGAUGUGCAGGACUACAGCGAGGACUUGCAAGAGAUCAAGAAGGAGCUUUCAAAGACCGGCAAAGAGACGGAGGUGGAGGAGUCCAAAGCCAGCAAGAGGCUGACCAAGAGGGUGCAGCAGAUGAUCGGGCAGAUUGACCAGCUGCUCGCACAGCUGGAGGCGGACCAGCAGGCUGGCAAGCUGGGCCCGGCUGCCCCGGGCUUGCCCACAGGGGACACUGUCAUCAGCGUCACUGAGCUUGUCAGUGCCAUGAAGCAAAUCAAGGACAUUCCGGAAAACAAGCUCAUCAGCCUUGUCUCGGCGCUGGACGAGAACAAGGAUGGCAAGGUCAACAUCAACGACCUCGUCAAGGUGAUCGAGCUGGUGGACAAAGAGGAUAUUCACAUCUCCACCAGCCAGGUGGCCGAGAUUGUGGCGACACUAGAGAAGGAGGAGAAGGUGGAGGAGAAGGAGAAGGCCAAGGAGAAGGCAGAGAAGGAGGCUGCCGAGGUGAAGGGGUAGCUGCCCACCACCUGCCCUCCAUGCUUCAAGGUGAUUCUAUUAGUGACACGUCUAAUAUUUUGUCUGGAAUAAAUCAGAAACUUCCAUCAUCAAGUAAUUUUUAAUUUUCAUCAUUCCAUGAAGAGUCGGUCAGUCUGGACUCCCCGAGUGCCCCGGGGAAGCGUGUCCGCGUUCCUGCCGUGGCCUGGCUCAGAGGUGGUUUGGGCCUGCGCCUGGUGGUGUCUGUCCGGGAGGAGAGGCCCAGCUCAGAAGACACUGGUCUGAAGACUGGACGCCCGAAUGUCUGUGUCACAUUUCCGUCUGACUGCUGAGAUGACACCCUGGUCCCUCCGUGGCCUCUGCAGAACCCCACUCGGGCAGCGACUUUGGUGUCUUGGGGGGUCUCCUGUCUGUGUAUCAGCUCUUUCUUGAUGUACCUUUGACUUUCACAUAAUCCUUAACCAGUUAACGGCCGUCUGCCUGCCUCAGGCGCUGUCUGAGCAGAGUGGCGAGGCGCACUAAAGAAGCGUUGACGUUUGCCGUUUGUUGUGCUGUCGUGGCUUUCAGAGCGUUUCCUUGCU